AUGGACUUGCUGGAUAAUCUUAUAAAGAAAAAAAAAGAAGAAAUAAAAGAAAUUAAAGGAAAUAAGAGAUGGCUUAAGCAGGCCGAUUUAGAAAAUCACAAAAAACAGGAAGCUAAUAAAAUUUACGAGAGUGAAUAUAAAAAAAAAAAAACAGAGGAAUACGAAAGAUUAAAAAAAUUAAAUGAUGAGUUAGAUUCAAAGCAUAAAAAAGCUAGUGUUGAUAUAGAAAAUGAAGAAGAAAAUACAGGAAUUGCAUUAAGUAAUAAGCAGAUAAUUACUCUCCUUAGACAAUUAAAGGAGCCAAUCAGAUUAUUUGGUGAAACAGAUUUACAAAGAUAUAAUAGAUUAAAAGAGUUAAAAAUAAAUAAGAACGAACUAAAAGGAAAUGAGCAAAACAUUUUUGGAGAUGUUUUAAGAGGAAGAUUGAAAGAAGAUGCUAUAGAAUUAAUUAAAGAUAACUUAGAAGAUAAAAUAGAAGACAAAACAAAUUCUAAAAGCGUGGAAAAAAUAAAUAGUUCAACAAAUGGAGAAGCAAAUAAUGAAAAAGGAAAUAUUGAUAAAGAAAAGGCUAUAUUUAAUUGGAUAAAAAAUACUAUGAAAGAAUGGAAUGAAGAAAUCGAAAACAACAAUGAUGAUAAUAAAAAAAUAAAACAAGCUACUUAUUUACAAACCCACAAAGAUUUAAAACCCCUUGAAAAAAAAUUAAAACACAAAGCUUUGGAUCAUGAUAUAUUGGACAAAAUAUAUAAUAUAGUUUCCCAUUGUGAGCAAAAGAACUUUAAAGCGGCACAUGAUGCUUAUAUGUUGCUAGCCAUUGGAAAUGCAGCAUGGCCUAUGGGGGUUACUAUGGUUGGAAUACAUGAAAGAGCAGGUCGAUCUAAAAUUUUUGCCUCAGAAGUAGCACAUAUUCUAAACGAUGAAACAACAAGGAAAUACAUUCAAAUGAUUAAGAGAUUGUUAUCCUUUUGUCAAAGAAAAUAUUGUACAAACCCUUCCGAGGCUGUUAAUUUAUCAACAGUUCAUAUCUGA